GCGACGGGUCUCCACGCUCUCCCACCCCCUCGGCCCCCUCCCGGCGCGCGCGGCCCGCGGCGGCCCCGCCCCUGGGGGCGGGCAGGGGGCGGUCGGAGCGGGUAGGGCCGGGUCGAGCGGAGCUGAGCGGAGCCUCGGGGGCGGCCAGGAUGGAUCUGCACCAGCCCGCCAGCCGGUACCGAGUGCUUCACAAUGAGGAUGACCCCCCAGAGUCUUCAGCAGCUGAGCAGCCUUCCGCAUCUACAGAGACUACACAGACUCCUCAGACAGCAGCUGUAUCUGAAGCAGAUACUUCCCCUCCACCGUACUCUAGCAUAGCUGUAGAAGCAGCUGCAACCUCAGAAACACACAAUGAAUUUUAUCCUGUACCACCUCCAUACAGUGUAGCUACCUCUCUUCCAACUUAUGAUGAAGCAGAGAAGGCCAAAGCUGCAGCAAUGGCAGCUGCUGCAGCAGAAGUUGCCCAACGACACGCCCAGUUUAGGGAAUCUAGGAGUCUGUUUGAUGAAAUAUUCCUCAGUCGUCCAGAGGAAGAAGAGUAUCCACCACGCGAUGAUUUCAGUGAUGCAGAUCAGCUUAGAGUGGGCAAUGAUGGCAUCUUCAUGUUGGCAUUUUUCAUGGCGUUUAUUUUCAACUGGAUUGGAUUUUGUUUAUCCUUCUGUAUAACAAAUACCAUAGCUGGAAGGUAUGGUGCAAUCUGUGGAUUUGGUCUUUCCCUGAUCAAAUGGAUUCUCAUUGUACGGUUUUCAGAUUACUUUACUGGAUAUUUCAAUGGACAGUACUGGCUUUGGUGGAUAUUUCUUGUACUUGGACUCCUGCUGUUCUUUCGAGGCUUUGUUAAUUAUCUUAAAGUCAGAAAUAUGUCUGAAAGCAUGGCAGCUGCUCACAGAACAAGAUUUUUUUUCUUGUACUGAAGACUGCAUCGAACAGACAUUCCUUUCCUAUACCAGUGUGAAACUUCAGAUGAUGUGUAACCCUCUGAGUUAAUAGGCUAGAAGACUACUAAAACCAGAAGACAAAUUAGUGAAGAUACUGCUUCAAAAAUAAAUGACAGGAUGGUUUAUGCUUAAAUGCCAAUUCUGGUCAUUCUAGUAAAUAUUUGCUGCCUUUUGUUUUAUAAUAGCACAUUUGUAUAUGUGCUUAUUAAAAAGAUAGUAUUGAAGUAAGAACAAACCAUCUGUUAGUACAGAUUAGGUACAGUCAAACUCGGUUAAUCUGUGCUUGUUUUAUCUGAAAGGUUUAAGUGGUAGCUUGUUUCAUGGCGUGUAUGUGCCACUGACUUGUUGAUCUGAACUUUGAGUACAAUGAAAUGCAUUAAAUGAUUCAAAUUAACCAUUUCAGACAGCUUUUUAUAUAAUUUAGAUUCAUCUAAUGAUUGUGUAGAACAUUUUUAAGUUUACUAAAACCCAAAGUUCCUUGUUGUUACAAUCUUGUAUUCUCCAAUAUUUUAUCAAAUUCAAACCUAUAUACUGGUUUGUUUAAAACUGAUACUCCACUUCAAGUCCUGUGUAAAUAACUCUGCAUAAAUGACUGUUGGAAUUGCUUCUUAGGAAAUAUGUCAAAAUAUAUUUUGUAACAGCAUAUUCUCUAAAUUUUUGUUUAAUCUUAGAGCUACAUAUGUAUUUUUUGUUAAUUGGCCAUUAAGGGUAUACUUACUAUUAGAUGUAAUUUUGGAGGUAAAGGUAUUCAAUUGUUUGUCUCAUCCUAACUUUCCUCAUAUGAAUUACUAUUAACUGGUUUGGGCUUGAGCCUGAAAAUGCAUUAUUUUUAUGCGUGAUCCCAUUCAAAGAUAGGGCUUUUUCUUGUUAGCAGGGAUGGACAGCCUUAGUCCUCAGCUAUGCAGUUGGAUCCUCGUGGGUGCACCUUUUGUUCCUCAAACAGAGUAUUGCAAAUAUAUACCCUGAGUUAUAACACUGGCUCUGUUUAACAAGUCUUGAGUUUAGUGCAAAUGCAACAUCCACCCUGAGGGCUUCUCAAAAAAAAUUUCAUGUAGCUAUCUCGCAAAACUUUGCCAUUUCCUAAGAAUAACCUAAUUUAAAUUUGAGGUAAUUUUGGAAGUAAUUUAUGAAGAAAAAAAACCCACCGAACAACUCGCUCUUAAACCUCUGAAAGUAGAAACUGUGUGUUGCAUCUCUCCCGGUAUUAAUUUAAGGUAUACCAUUACUUUUUUAUAAAUAUCAUCUCUUUAAGGGGUACUGUCUACUGUUCAUGCAUGUGUGGUUUCCUUUUAAGUUUGUGAAAUUUAUGGUUCUCCUUAAGUAGGAGACUGCGUCUCUCAGUCCUUUGUACAACUGGAAUCUGUUGCAAAAAUACAUUGGUUGUUGGUUGCACCUUUGAGGAAAAAAAAGAUCCAAAUACUUUCCUCCAGGUUUUUGAUGUUAGAAUUCUGCUUUUUAAUUACUAAUACUAAAACCAGUGAGGUUUAUGUUUCUUUUUUAGGUAGUGCUGUAUUCAGUUUUGUAUCUAUGAUGAAUAUUUAAAAUAUGCAUAUGUAAAUUGGUCACAUUAUUGAUUUUCUUAGUCUUUCAGAGAUACUGAAAGUGACUAAAACUUUAAGGGCACCUCUACUUCCCAGCUUUUUAUGGAAAGAAUAAAAUUAAAUAUUACAUACAAUAUCCAAUUGGGAUUGUCUCCUAAACUUAUCUGUUUAUUUCUGUGUUCUUCUGCAUUCAUUGUCCAUAUGGAAAAAAGCAGAUAAUAAAACAUUGCUUUGUUUUGCUAAUUAAGA